CCACCGCGACGCCAAACCUUUCCCCAUCACCACAACACGGCACAGUGCAGCCCUAAACGCGAUGCCAUGUUCAUAUUCCGCCAACUUUAUUGGUUACACGGCAUCGGCGCGUCCAAUUAAGCUAUUUAAGCUUCAUGCGGGGCGCGAAGGAGUUUAAUCUCCUUUCGGACCCGGGGGCCAUGAAAAGGGGGCCAACUGCUGGUCUGGGCCGGCCACCACGAUGAAAAAUUUCGGGUCGAGGGAUCGACAUUACGAGUCUUUGGCUUUCUUUGGCUUUCAGCCAGCCACAAUGGCGUUUUGAUGCGCUCGUAAAGGUCGCUGUGUUGAGAUGUGGCGCUGACUCGGAGGUCUGCUUUUUCAAUAUAGCUGAACCUCUUCCAUUUCUAUUGAUCUGAACUUCUCAGCGCGUUGUUGUGUUCGACCUUUCCCUCGUUUCCCUUCCCAAGGUUUAGGGACUAUCUGCGAAGAUGCCACUCCUUCAUCUCGCAAUUGCUCUACUAAGCGCGAUCAGUCCAGUGGCUGCAGCCCAAGUCUCCAUUUUCCAGGUCUCGUCGGUCGUCUCAUCGGCUGCUUCUUCUUUUGCUCCCGCUGUGAUAUAUGCCAGUCCGACUGGAAGUGCUUCAUCAGCUUUGGCCACAGCUGCUCCUUCGCCAUACUGGUUAGAAUCGAUCACUCACCAGGGAAUCUCUGCUUUCAAUUCGGAUCCGGCAAGCUAUCAGGUAUUCAGGAAUGUAAAGAGUUUUGGGGCAAAGGGCGAUGGAUCGACUGACGAUACUGCUGCAAUUCAAGCAGCAAUGUCGGCAGGUGGGCGGUGUGUCCCAGGUUCCUGCCAAUCCUCAACCACGACUCCAGCCAUUGUAUACUUCCCCGCCGGCACAUACAUCAUCAGUUCGUCGAUUAUCGAUUACUAUUACACGCAAAUCAUCGGCAAUCCGAACAACAUGCCUGUGCUGAAGGCGACUCCAAACUUCAGUGGAUUUGGGGUCAUAGAUGGCGAUCAAUAUGGUGCAAAUGGUCUCAAGUUUGGAGCUACAAAUGUCUUCUUCCGACAAAUUCGGAACUUGGUCUUUGAUCUCACUGCCAUUCCCUCGAGCAGCUCUGCGACUGGUCUUCAUUGGCCUACCGCUCAAGCAACGAGUUUGCAGAACUGUGUCUUCAAGAUGAGUGAUGCUCCUGGGACACAACACCAAGGACUAUUUAUUGAGGGUGGAUCCGGAGGUUUUAUGAAUGAUCUGGUUUUCUAUGGAGGUCUCAAUGGUGUCGUCUUUGGAAAUCAACAGUUCACUGUCCGAAAUCUGACCUUCUACAACGCGGUCACGGCAAUUGAUCAAAUCUGGGACUGGGGCUGGACCUACACAGGAAUUUCCAUCAACAACUGCACAACGGGACUGAACAUGGCCGGUGGUGGAACGACAGGACAGAGCACAGGAUCGGUUACCUUCCUUGACAGCAGUUUUACCAAUACCAAAGUCGCAAUUGCCACUGCUCAUAAUGCCAGCUCUUUCCCAGCAACGGCAGGAAGUCUGAUCCUCGACAAUAUUGUUUUGACCAACACGCCCGUCGUAGUUCAGGGGCCCCAAGGAACCGUUCUCAAAGGAGGGUCUUUGACUAUCAGCGGCUGGGGUGAAGGACACGAAUACACUGCGAACUACCAGAAGAAAAACUUCCAAAGUAGCAUCACGAAAUUCUCUCGUCCAUCUUCACUCACCAAAAAUGGACAGUAUUAUGCUCGAUCUAAACCGCAAUAUCAGGCAUCGCCCCUUUCCCAAUUCGUCAGUGUCAGGACUGCAGGCGCGAAAGGAGAUGGACUCACCGACGACACAGCCGCGAUCAACAGUGUUCUCAAGAGUGCUGCUGCAGCCAGUAAGAUUGUGUUUUUCGAUGCUGGGACCUACAAAGUCACUUCGACCAUCACCAUUCCCCCUGGAUCGAAGGUUGUGGGCGAGUCAUUCUCAGUCAUCAUGGGAGCCGGCUCGUUCUUCUCCAGCAUCACGAGUCCGCAACCAGUUGUUGCCGUCGGAGCCGCAGGGCAGAGCGGAGUAGUCGAAUGGUCAGACAUGAUCGUUUCCACGCAAGGCGCUACAGCUGGCGCGAUCCUGAUCCAAUGGAAUCUUGCCUCGACAUCAUCCUCUCCUUCCGGCAUGUGGGAUGUCCACACCAGAAUCGGUGGCUUCGCCGGCUCCAACCUCCAACUCGCACAAUGCCCAACGACUCCCAGCUCUGCUGCCGUCAAUCAGAACUGCGUUGCGGCAUUCAUGAGCAUGUACAUCGCUCCCUCCGCAACUGGGCUAUACAUGGAAAACAACUGGCUCUGGACCGCAGACCAUGACAUGGAAGAUCCAAGCGUGACGCAAAUCACCGUGUACACUGGCCGCGGCCUCUAUUGUGCUUCCACAUCUGGCACUAUCUGGAUGGUUGGCACAGCAGUCGAACAUCAUGCAUUAUACCAGUACCAAUUCGUGAAAACAAAGAACAUCUAUGCGGGGCAGAUCCAGACGGAGACAGCGUACUGGCAGCCAAAUCCUAAUGCUAGCGUUGUGUUCCCGAUUGCCAGUGGAUGGAAUGAUCCGAAUUUCGCAACGAGUUGUGCAGGUGUGGCGGGACAGUGCAAUAUGGGCUGGGGAUUACGGGUUGUGAAUAGUAGCAGUAUCCUCGUCUACGGAGCCGGUCUUUACUCUUUCUUCAAUAACUACAGCGUCGCAUGCUCUAACUCUGUCGUCUCCCCCGGAAACGGCGGUGCUUGCCAAACGAGGAUUUUCAGCGUUGAGGGAACGGCGACGAAUGUCGAUGUGUAUAAUUUGAAUACGGUUGGCGCAACGCAGAUGGUUACUAGGGAUGGGAAGCAGGUCGCGCUGUUCUCGGAUAAUGCUAAUGUUUAUCCGGAUACGAUAGCUUAUUAUAAGAGUAGCUGAUCUUAGUGUUUAAUUAGAUUGAAAGAUCUCUUGUCAAAAUGUUGCUUUUGAUGUUGAGUAAG